AUGCUCCUCAAGGUCCGGCGCGAGGUUAUCGUCGCCCUUGACACCUGCCGGCAGCCCGUGCCGGCAACCUUUCGUUUCCCGCACACCCUGUACGAAUACAACAUCACCAGUGAAUCAGAGGUAGCGGAACGCUUGCAACAUGCCACAAUCGCCAUCACAGACUCCGUGCCCAUUACCGGCGAGACGAUCGCCAAAUGCCCCAGUCUCAAGCUGAUCUGCGUGGCGAUUGUCGGUGUAGAUCACAUCGACCUGGACGCCUGUCGCAAACGCGGAAUCAGAGUGUGUAACAGCCCGGGUGCAACCACGGAGGCUGUUGCUGAACACGCAAUUGCGCUGUACUUCGCAGCGAGGCGCAAUGUGGUUCGGGCGCAUAAUUGGAUUGCGCAGGGGGGCGAAUGGGAGAAAGAUCAUUCUGGGCUGGGUCCAUAUGAUCGAGUGCCGUUGCCAUGUACUAGAGGGACGAUGGGGAUUAUCGGAUCCGGGAAGAUUGGGAAGAGAGUUGCGACAAUCGGCCGAAUUCUGGGAUUGAAAGUUCUAAGCGCAGAGCGACGCGGAGUUGCAGCCGGAGACGUUCGAGCAGGCCGGACCGAGUUCGAGACGAUGCUUCGUCAGUCUACAGCUAUUAUUCUCACUUGCCCGUUGACGGAAGAGACAGCCAAUACGAUUUCGGAGAAGGAAUUGGCUCUGAUGCCGCCGGGGUGUGUGGUGGUGAACGUAGGUCGAGGCGGAUUGAUCAAUGAGGAGGCCGUUGUUAGCGCGCUCAAGGAGCAGAGGUUAGCCGGGUAUGCGGCCGAUGUUUUCACGAACGAGCCUGCGAACGUGGAGAACAGCCUUCUUUUGUCCAGCAAAGCUCCGAACUUGACUCUAACACCCCAUGUCGCAUGGUACAACAGCACCAGCCUUGAUGGGAUGCUCAAAGCAAUACAGGAUAUUGUGGAGGGCUUUAUCGCCGGGUCUAGCAUCAAUGUUAUCUGCUAG